CAAUAUGCAAAUGAGGAAAACAUUCCAAAACAUGGACGAGGAUAACAAUAUAUAAGCGGAACUCUACAAGAAAUUUAAUCAAAUAUAAUGACACCAAAAUGAGAAACAUGGAUAGACCUGGAUGUACUAAUAUAAGAACUAAUAAUGUAAGAUCAGAUUUUGGUUCUUCCAAAUUUACUUACAGUCAAAACUAAAAGGAAUAUUUUGGAUAUUAAAUAUUAUUACAAGAACUACUGCAAUAAACAUUUAACCAAAUCACAAUGAAUCGCUACCAAGUGUCAAAACAGUUGGGAGAUGGUACAUACGGCAGCGUGCUGCUUGCGACCACAGUCGAUAUGGGAGAAAAAGUUGCCAUAAAAAAAAUGAAGAAGAAAUAUUAUUCUUGGGAAGAGUGCCUAAAUCUACGAGAAGUUAAGUCUCUGCGAAAGCUGAACCACAUAAAUAUAGUCAAACUAAAAGAAGUGAUCAGGGAAAACGACCAUCUAUACUUCGUCUUUGAAUUUAUGAAAGAAAAUUUAUAUCAAAUGAUGAAAGAUAGGGAUAAGUUGAUGCAAGAGUCACUGAUUAGGAAUAUAAUGUACCAGAUAAUGCAGGGCUUAGCAUUUAUGCAUAAACAUGGGUUCUUCCACCGGGAUAUGAAACCUGAGAAUAUAUUGUGCAAUGGACCAGAUCUCGUGAAGAUAGCUGACAUGGGUCUGGCGCGAGAGAUUCGAUCACAACCACCCUAUACAGAUUAUGUCUCUACCAGAUGGUAUCGGGCACCAGAAGUACUCCUACGAUCAACCUCAUAUAACUCUCCCAUUGACAUAUGGGCAGCAGGGGCCAUUAUGGCGGAACUCUACACUCUACGACCUUUAUUUCCUGGCAGUAGUGAAAUAGAUGAAAUAUUUAAAGUGUGUUCAGUGCUUGGCACACCAACAAAGGCUGAGUGGCCUGAAGGUCACCAACUGGCUGCUGCUAUGAACUUCCGUUGGCCUCAGUGUGUGCCAACUAACCUCAAGUCAAUCAUCCCUAAUGCUAGCAAUGAUGGUAUAACUAUUAUGAAAGACAUGAUGAAUUGGGAUCCCAAGAAACGUCCAACCACUGUACAGGCACUUAGGUAUCCAUACUUCGCUGUUGGGGUGAAUCUAGGAGCCCAACAACAGCAACAGCAACAACAGCAGGUGACGAGACCUCCCCCUGCCCAAAAGCAGCAAUUGCAGCCACGACCACCACCCGUAGAGCAAAAACAAACAAUUAGACAACCAAGUCCAUUAGAGGAAAAGAAAACAAACAGUAUACUGCCAUCUAUAUCAACAAACAAUACAGUAACACAGAACAAUAAAAAGAAUGACAAUCUAUUUCCAACUAAGGUGUCUGCAAAGAAGAGUGGACGCAGGCGGUGGGGAAAUGAAAGCUGGGACGACUGGGAGGAUUUUGAUUUUGGGUCCUCCAUGAAUAAGAAACAACAUGCAAUGAAGAAGAAAGAUCAGAAAGACGAUGACCUGUUUGGGAGUAUGAAUAAAUCCUCACUGAACAAGAUAGGUGCUGGUCGGGUGGGCUCAGGGCGUUCUACAGCCUCUUCUGCCAAGCAGCACUACAUGAACAAGGCCAGGUAUCUCCCAGGGAUUAGCAGUGGUCAAAAGGGAAGUGCAGCCGGGUCACAUUACUCCAAUCUCAGCAAGCCUGGCUUUGGCGGCUUAAAUAAACCUGCAUUAGGAUCCACAUACAGCAAUGCAACCAAUGCUACGGGCUAUGUGCCAUCAUUUAUGGGCUCAGGCAACAAAAACACAAACUACGGGAAUGCAGGGAGUUGGAAGCGUGCACAACCAGCACCUUUAGCCUUAAAUAAGAACUCAGCUGGUAUGAGACCAACUAUAGGUGCUGCACAGGUCCCUGUGCAUGGUAGAACAGACUGGGCUGCAAAGUACUUGAAGUAGGAGGCAGUGUGUAAAAAUGGUAACCAAGGGAGAUGCAACACCGUGUCAGAAAGGGGUACUCCGUCUCUAGGGCAACAUACUGUCACAUCCCAGACUCCGUCCACUUAUGAUCAUAUUUACUGAUCUCAUCAGUCGUCACCAGUUGACAAUGAACAUUUGCAACAAUGUCAGUCAAUGCCGGUGAUGCUACUUAUGGAAUGUUGCUAUAGCAACCACGUGUUGCCAU